CUUACACCAACUUCUUUUGGGCCUCAUUCGAGUUCCUUCCGUCGAGCAUCGAAAAAAACGUGGAGAAAUAGUCCCCGGACAAGUGCUCCGCGUGCACGCCAACGUCGAAGAUACGAACCAUGUCAUUUUGGGGCAGUAAAACGGCUCCCCCGCCUCCACCACUUGCGCCGCCUGUCAUCGCUGCUACAGGGCCGCAGAUCGAUGCUACGACAAUUGUCUCGCUGCUCGGAGUCCUUACACUGCUCGGAGGAGCUUAUGGGGGGAGCAUCAAGAUCCUGCCGCACACCACGACUCUAAAGACGCGUGUCUUAUUCAUCUGGCACCUGUUCGAUGCGCUUGUCCACUUCGUGUUCGAGGGCAGUUUCCUCUGGAACUGCCUCUUCGUCUCCUACGCUCUGCCCACGUCCUUCACCGCGCAGGCCCAGGCGAGGAAGGUCACGCUGUUUACACCACCGGAUGUGUACUGGCUGGGCAAGCAGGACUUGUUGUACGGCGCGAACUAUGGUACCACGCCUUUCAGCAAGCUAUGGCAGGAGUACGCAAAGGCGGACAAACGAUGGGGCGGUACAGAUUUGACGAUCAUCAGUCUGGAGUUGUUGACGGUGUUCGUGGCGGGGCCAUUGGCGUUGUGGAUAUGCUUUCUGCUGAGCAAAGACGAAAAGAAGGGCGGGCUGAAGAAGUGGUUCUGGAUGAUUGUGCUGGCCACAGCAGAGAUAUACGGAGGCUGGAUGACUUUCGCUCCUGAAUGGUUGACUGGCAGUCCAAACCUCGACACGUCGAACUGGAUGUACCUUUAUCUGUACCUUCUCUUCUUUAACGGCCUCUGGGUUGUCUUCCCGGUGUGGAUCCUGUGGGAAGCAUACCGAUCUAUCAGUGCUGGCAUGAGCCAGGCUGAGAUGGUCGACCUCGUAAACUACCUGGGCAAGAAGGACGACUAAACCAAAACCUCAUCGCUUAAGCUUUGGAGACGCAGAAGAUGGUGCGAAUCCGGGUACACAUUUGGCAUUUCUGGGUGUAAGAAGCAUAGCGCGGCGAAUUUGCAAUACUUGUCUGUGCCUCGAAUUAUUUCACUUUUUGCGACAUGCAGCCAGAGUCACUGGCAUGGUAAUUGCCUCUAUAGUUGUCUUUCUUCAUCAGUUUGCACGCAACCCUCCC